CCCCGCCCCGGCCCGGCCCCAAGAUGGCGGCGCCCUUGGCGCUGCAGCUGCAGGAGCUGCUGGACCCCCGGCCCGGCCCGCGGGACCCCGAGGACGAUGCGGAGGAAGCUACAGUUGCUAAAGUGAUUGACAGAUUUGAGGAUGAAACCACGGAUGACAUUUUGCCUGUUGGCAAUAUCAGGAAAAGAGCCUCAGCCUUUCUCCUGGAAGCUGAUAAGAGGUACAGUGGAAAAGCCACAUCUCGGAAAGCUUUGCAGGAAGAGCUCUGGGGAGAUGCUCUGUCUGAAGAAGGAUCUGCUGAAGAAGCACUAGAUGACUGGUACAGUGGCAGUGAAGGCUCAGAAGAGGAGGACGGUGUUGGCACAAAGGGCAGGGAGAAGCCCAGCAGUGCUGGCAGUGAGCAGGAGGAUGACUUGGAGGAUGAUGAAGAGGCCAAGGCACCAGAGUUCAGCUCCCAGAAUAUCACAGACUUUGAGAAGUUUACAGAGGGGAUGGAUGAUGCAGGGAGCAGUGAAGGGGAGGAUGAAGAGGAGGGUGAAGAUGAUGCUGACAUGGAAGAAGGAAGUGAGGAGGAGGAGGAGGAGGAGGAAGAAUUUGGGAGUGAAAACCACGAUGAUGGAAAAGAAACCAAAGACAACGAAGAUGAUGGGGGAGUGCAGACCUUCUCCAGAGGACAGGAGUCUGAAGAAGUGGAGAAGGGCAAAGCUGUGAGGAACCAGCUAGCCCUGUGGGACCAGCUGAUGGAAGGGAGGAUCAAGAUGCAGAAGGUGCUCAUGACUGCCAACAGGCUGCCCCAGCCAGACACCUACCCCAGGUUCAGGAAGGAGGGGGGACAGGACUUUGACAACGCUGUGGAGAGCUGUUGUAAAACCCUGGAGGCCUUGCUGAAAGUGCUGGUGGAGCUUCAGGAUGAGCUGCUUUAUCAGUACCCAGGCACGAGGCAUCUGGUGGAUGGAAAGCAAGCAAAAACUGAGAGUGAGGAUGAAAUCCUGAGCAGCAGCGAUGAGGAGCCAGUGGAGAAGGCUCAGGAGAAGAGGAGGAGCCUCCCCAAACGGAAGCUGAAGUUUGAGGAGUACCCUGAGUUCAUAGCCAAGCGCUACAAGGACUUCAGGACCUACAGGAACAGCACCCUGCAGAAGUGGCACGACAAGACCAAGCUGGCCACUGGCAAGAUGGGGAAGGGCUUCGGAGCCUUGGAGCGCUCGGUGCUGGCGCAGAUCGAUCACGUCCUGCUGGACAGGGAGCGGCUGCUGCGGCGCACCCAGACCCGCCGCUCCCUCUACACCGUGCUGGGCAAGCAGGAGCAGCAGCCUGCCCCGGCCCCUCAGCCCGACAGCUCGGAAGUCCUGCCCCCCUCAGACUCCAACAGGCACCUGAAGGACAUCGAUGAGGAGAUAUUUGAUGAUGAUGACUUCUACCACCAGCUCCUGCGAGAGCUGAUCGAGCGCAAAACCGCCUCCCUGGACCCCAACGACCAGGUGGCCAUGGGCAGGCAGUGGCUGGCCAUCCAGAAGUUACGGAGCAAAAUAAAGAAGAAAGUGGACAGAAAAGCCAGCAAAGGAAGGAGAAUCCGGUUCCAUGUCCACAGCAAGCUGGUGAGCUUCAUGGCACCCAUUGACCUCUGCACAAUGAAUGAUGAUGCCAGGACGGAGCUGUACCGGUCGCUGUUUGGAAAAGUCCGGAACGGAGAAGAGGCAGAGCAGAAUUAGGAGCUGGGAUUGAGCUCCAGGUGUUCUCCAGCUGCUCCCUCAGGCUGCCCAGGAGCAGAGCCAGCUCUCUCAGCCUCUGGUUUGUCCCAAAAAUCCCCCUGAAGGAGCACCAAACCUGCUGCAUCAGAGGAGAGUGAGCCUGGCUGAACACCCCCUGCCCAGCCUGAAAUGCUUCCUC